AGGCGUGGAGUACACAUCUAAGAAAAUUUGUUCAAUAUGAUUGGCAAAGACAUUAUUAUAUUCUUGCUCUCCUGUCGUUUCGGGAUUACAGUGACGUCACCUUGAUAUUCUUCCAUGGAUGAAUGCUACUGAACUAUAGCGGCAAAUAAUACAACAAGGAGAGUCCUAUAUCUUGCAAGACUCACGUUACGCUUUUUUGAUAUCUGUGAUUUUUUCCCCCUUUCACUGAAUUACAAACUCCAUAAAGCACUGAAGUGCAUACUUGAUGGCAGCCUCCUCUAAGUGCAAUCAUCUAUUAUUGAGGAAAAGGCCAUGCUUGGAAGCGCGUGUAAAAAAACGCAUUUAGUGUAGAUUUGGAUACAAUCGAUCAGAAGAGUAAAAUAUUGCUGAUGGUAUCAAAAGAAGCGGCGAUGUCUUUCUCGCAGUUUGGAUAUCCGUACAGCAGUACCUCGCAGUUUUUUGUAUCAGCAAGCCCCAGUUCGUCAUUCUGUGACUCUGCACCCAGGUCGGUGUCCGAAGUACCCUCAGGCGCGGCAUCUGGCACCACCGCGGCUUUCUGCUGUCCGCCCUACGAGAACAGGCUGCUAUCCGGCGGCCGGCCGGAGCUCAACGCCGCCCUGGGGGUCUACGGCUCUACGUACGCCGCCGCCGCAGCCGCGGCCACACACAACUAUGCCAACUAUUUCUCGUAUGGCGCUGCAGACGCUUCGGCCCUCUAUUCUUCUUUGAACCCACAGUGUGACCUUAAAGACGGAUCGGGGGGUCUCCACGCCGGAAUCGCCCAGUCAGCUGCCUAUCACCCAUACGACCCACCAAUGGGCCAUUAUCAUUACGACAGGUACGGCUCCGUGGACUUGAAUGGCACAUUCAGACGUAAAAAUGCCACCCGAGAGACCACCAGCACACUCAAAACGUGGUUAUUUGAGCACAGGAAGAACCCUUACCCAACGAAAGGGGAGAAGAUUAUGCUAGCUAUCAUCACUAAAAUGACUCUCACCCAGGUGUCCACCUGGUUUGCCAACGCCAGAAGGAGAUUAAAAAAAGAAAACAAGAUGACUUGGUCACCAAAGAAUAAAACAGGAGACGAACAGAAGGAUGGAACUGGAAAGAAAGACCCCGAAUGCUACGAAGAAGACAUCGUGAAUAAAGAUUGUAAAGAAUGUGUUGAAGAAAUUGAGGCAAAGCUGAGUGAUUUGGAUGACAUUGACGACGACGAUUGCGACAAAGGUGUCAGCGAUGCUGAAAAAAUCUUCCAGGAUGUGCAGAUUCUCCAUAGAGGCUCAAUGGCUGAAACUCCAAAACCCAGCCUCCCAGUGCUGUCGGCUGCUACCAGCUGUCACCGGAUGUCUUGUCUGAAAGGCAAUCCGGGCUUCGUAUCUGAAACAGCAGAAACUUCAAGAGGAAAGCUAUCCGGCGUGGUGCCUGGGACUGGUUUUGUUUUGCAGCAAUACGAAAUCCCCCGAAUUUGGUCACUUGCACGCACAGCAUCCAGUAGCGCCCUCACUGGCGAGGGCAGAACUUUUAAGUCUGACUGCCAACUUCAAAGGUCGAGGUCAGCCAUGAUUUCUGGGGGAUCCUGCGUAGACAUAUGUAGUCCAUCAAGUCACGACUCACAGGCGAUGAAGGCUUUUCGAUGUAACGUCCUGAGCCAGAAAACUUCACAGCUAAUCUGUCCCCCUAUUAGUGAAUCUGCGGGUACUCCACAGCUCUCUUCAGAAUCCACAGGUUUUCCAAGGCAGCCGAAAUCAGAUCACGGGUUGUCAGAAACAAGUGAAAAAUGCCAGAUGAAUUAUAAAGACAUCAAAACUACAGCUUUCAGACCCGUCCUGAAGAGAUAAGGUUUCUCAUUUACUAAGUGGAUAUUACAAAAUGUCCCGCAGUUCUGCAUUAACUCUCUCCCGAAGCUGUGAAGUGAGCACCCUGGAGUCUUGAAGGACCUCGAAAAAGGCAUCUCUGAACUUGGGCAAGUUUACAUGCUGCCUGGCGUGCUCUGUGUGCACACUGCUUUGUACCCGUCCUGAAGGGAAGGGACUUGGAAUUUAAGGACGCACUGGUGCCGCGGCCAUUUCAGCGUUUCAUUAAUGCACUGGAAAAAAAAAUGUCGGUUCCGACUCUAUUUAUUUUUAUGUUUUCAUGAUUC